CGGGAUUCCGUUAUUUCAUCUCUUCCCACCAUCGUCGUCGCCCACAAUGGCAACCGACUUUUGGGCCAGCUCCCACUACAAAAGAUGGAUUACCGACCGCGCGACGCUCAAGCAGGCAAGGGCCGAGGACCUCCAAUACGUUGACGACCCGGAGCAUCUUGAAUUCCUGGAUAUCUAUUUUGCGAACGCCAUCGCAAAGCUGGGCAGAAAAUUACAGCUACGACAGAGGGCUAUUGCGACUGCCACCGUCUUCUUCCGGCGGUUCUACCUCAAGAAUGCCUACUGUGAAACGGAUCCAUUUCUUGUCAUCGCUGCGUGCUGCUAUGUUGCUGCAAAGGCCGAAGAAUCUCCCGUGCACAUCAAGAAUGUCGUUACAGAAUCGCGCACAUUGUUCAGUCAACACUACAAUGUGAAGAACUUCCCAUCCGAUAAUUCCAAGCUGGGAGAGAUGGAAUUUUACCUAGUCGAUGACCUAGAAUGUGAUUUGACAGUAUUCCAUCCAUAUCGUACCCUCAUGGCACUCUGCAAGAAAGAGUCGAGCACCGAUGAAGACGACGAGACGGAGGCAGGGGAGGUCGGUGUUGGAAUCAGCGCUGACGAAGGCCAACGGUACUGGGGCUCAAGCGAGGACAAGCUCGAAAUGUCCGAAGCGGCGUUGCAAAUGGCGUGGCAUAUCAUCAACGACACAUACCGGGGAUCUCUGUGUCUGCUCUAUCCUCCACAUCUCAUUGCCAUUGCUGCCAUUUAUCUGACACAAGUGUUUCACCGGCCGUCAAGGGACAACCUCUCGACCCUGCUCCAGCCUCCCAGCUCUACAGCUCCACACCCCCGACGGUCGUCCCGGAAUGCAGCCGAAUCAAAAAAGCACCAGGAUCCCGUCACAUUCCUUGCUGAAUUGAAUGUUUCGCUUCCACUGAUUGCCACAAUCUCCCAGGAGAUCAUUGCCCUGUAUGCUCUAUGGGACCGUUACAAAGAUGAUAGUCUCCCUGAUACUUCUUCUUCUUCGCGUCAGUCACCGCUGAGUGCAACGGGCGGAUGCGCCAGUAGGAGCAGGAGCGGCGGGACUCCGCAGUCUGAGGCUGCGGAUGACCAUCGUGUCACGCCUGCUUUUCUGUCAAAUUUGCUGAUGAAGAUGAGGGAAAAUCGGUUGACGGACCUGGCGCAUCCUCCUACUGGAAGACCAGUCGCGGUAAACAAGAUGCUGGAGAGGACACAAGCAGCCGGCUAGUCCACUUUCUGUGUUCUCGUCUGCUCGGGGCUCUUACAUUCGAUUUCACCCCAUUGAGUAACUCCCGUGCCUUCAUUCUAUAGUUUUGCAUGUAGUGUCAUGGUACUAUACAUUCUAGCAAACCUUGGAACUCUUUGGAAGCAUGCUUUGGCUCCGUGUGAAAUGCAUUGGGGCUGCCUCGUGUUGAAAAUUCAUUUACCUGCAACGUACUUAAAGGGAAGCUCUCGUUGGUAUAAGCCACAAACUCGUUGCGAUGGCCAACUUCCCACCAGGUAUCACCUAUCUCACUCAGUGUUUGCCUUACCUUUUAUUUCCUCCCGGAGUGGUGUACACCCUUUUCACCGUCUUCGAAGUAGCGUUACCUAGAUGGGCCCGCGUCAUCUCUUAUGCGCUUAGCUUCCCUUUGGGCCUUACAAUUC